AUGCAGAUGCACCUGGCAAACGCGAAUCCUUUGGGUCCGCAGCCAGAUGCUAAUCGUAUAGCACAGUGCUAUGACACUCUCGGUGAUGAAUUGGCCAAGUUUCCAAACAUCCCUGCUCUAGCUGAAGGCAACGCCAUUCAACUAGCCCUCGUACAGCUUACUACUCAAAUCAAUCAGCUCGCCACUCAAAUGAAUCAGCUCGGCACUCAAAUCAAUCAGAGAUUUGAUCAAGUUGAUGAGAGAUUUGACCAAGUUGAUGAGAGAAUCGAUAAUCUUACCACUCGAGUCGUGGCGAACGACCAUAACAGUAUGUCUCGAGUUCAAAACGCCCAUCUCUCGAGCGCCGAUCAGCGACUGAUACCGCUCGUGAAUCCUACGACCAAUACCCCUAUCGAAGUGUUUCCUAGAAGAUCUCGUGAGAUUCCGAGUAUGGAGAAUGAGGCACUUGUUUCUGUCCUACGAGAGUUGGGACUGCCUACCAACGGAACAAGAGAAGCCAAAGAGAAACGAAUCAGGCAAUACAUUGGUCUUUUACCUGAACGAUCUGGUGCAUAA